AUGGCUGUCGACAUCCAACAGCCUCUCCCUGAAAUCCCACCACAACCACCGCCCCCCAACCUUCCUCCUACGUUUGUGCUCGCUGUCCUCUACAAAGGCGGCGAAGCAGCCAAACAAGAGCCUCGCCUUUUGGGUACCGUCGAGAACCAACUCGGCAUACGUGAAUGGCUUGAGUCCCAAGGCCAUGAGUACAUUGUCACCGACGACAAAGAAGGCCCCAACAGCGUCUUCCAACAGCACCUCAAGGACGCCGAGAUCCUCAUCACGACGCCCUUCCACCCCGGCUACCUCACCCGAGAGCUCGUUGACAAGGCGAAGAACCUCAAGGUCUGCGUCACCGCAGGCGUCGGCUCCGAUCACAUCGACCUCGACGCCGCGGUCGAAAAGGAUAUCCAAGUCCUCGAAGUCACUGGUUCGAAUGUCGUCUCGGUCGCUGAGCAGGUCAUGAUGAACAUCCUCCUGCUCGUCCGCAACUUCGUCCCUGCGCACGAGAUGAUACAGCGGGGCGAGUGGCAGGUAUCAGACAUUGCGCGUAACGCAUACGAUCUAGAGGGCAAGGUCAUCGGCACCCUCGGUGCGGGCCGCAUUGGGUCCCUCGUGUUGGAGCGGCUCCAGCCUUUCAACCCUAAAGAGCUCUUGUACUACGACUACUCCCCCCUCCGUUCGGAUGUUGCCGCCAAGGUCCGCGCGCGCCGCGUCGAGGACCUGAAGGAAUUUGUUUCUCAGUGUGACAUCAUCACGAUCAACGCACCACUUCACGAAGGGACCAAGGGACUCAUCAACGCCGACCUCCUCAAACACUUUAAGAGGGGAGCCUGGCUCGUGAACACCGCCCGCGGCGCGAUCUGCAACACCGAAGACGUCGCCGCUGCGGUUAAGUCCGGCCAGCUCAACGGCUACGCGGGCGACGUCUGGAACAUCCAGCCCGCGCCCAAGGACCACCCUUGGCGCUACAUGAAGAACCCCCUAGGUGGCGGAAAUGGCAUGACCCCGCAUUACUCGGGCACGACUCUGGAUGCCCAGGCGCGCUACGCUGCGGGCACGAAGCAGAUCUUGGAGAACUACUUCAAGGGCAAGCCCCAGGAGCCGGCUAACAUCAUUGUUGGCGUUGGCAAGUACGAGACUAAGUCAUACGGCCAGCGAUGA